AUGAGUGAGUUCCGUAACAAGGAAUACGAUCAAUUGAUUAAACCAAUAAUGAUAACUGGAAAAAUCAUUUCUAUAUGGCCGUUAGCAGAGAAUAGCAGUCGGAUAACGAUUACGUUUAGGAGAUUUCACUUGUUCUGCAUGUUUUUCCUAGUGAUCGUGAUGUCUGUCGCGGUAACAGCCGACGUGGUUCACAAUAUGGAUGAUCUGGACGAAGCAACCGAAUGCGCGUUAAUUUGCACAGCUUUUUACCUUUGCGUGGUUCGCUUGCUCGUGUAUUCGUUCCACCAGAAGGACAUGCUCUACGUGGUGAACACGAUGAAACAGGAUUGGAUCUCAUCCUCGGACCAGGAUCGGCUCAUUUUCGCCGAGAAAACGGUGUUCGCUUUCCGCCUCGCGAAAUAUUUUAUCACCACCGUCGCAAUAACCAUCGUCAUGUUCAUGUCCGUCCCAAUUUUGGAGAUUUACGUGAUCGGCAGUAGCGACAAAGUGCUCCCAUUUCGAGGAUAUUUCUUCAUCAAUCAAACCGUGUCACCGAUUUUCGAAUUUCUUUAUCUGUUCAACGUAACAGCGGGCGGAUUCGGCGGAAGUAUGAUCGCAGGCGCUACCAGUUUUAAUUUAGUGGUGAUAAUACACGGCUCGGGCAAAUUUGCCGUUCUGAGGAGAAGGAUGGAGGCUUUGAGCGGGGCCGAUCCUAACUCCACCACGAUCAUGGGGGACAACGUGAUUCGUCACCAGCAAGCGAUCAAGUUCGCGGACACUUUGGAAAGGAUCAUAAACCUGCUCGCUUUGGGACAAUUCGUCAUAAGCACGGGAUUGAUUUGCUUCGCCGGAUUUCAGAUCACCUCGAUGAUGGAGGACAAGGGUCGUCUGAUGAAAUAUUCCACCUUUCUCAACUCAGCCAUUCUCGAGCUGUUCAUGUUCAGCUUCAGUGGGAACGGGUUGAUCGACGAGAGCGAAGGGAUAGGAGAGUCGGCAUACAACAGCGGAUGGAUAGGCAGCCAUUUCCAUAAAAGCGUCCAGAUCAUGAUGAUGCGUUCCAAGAUUGCCAGCAAGAUAACAGCGGCAAAAUUCUACAGCAUGUCCUUGGAGAGUUUCUCAACGGUGAGCCAACUCAAACUCGAUCAAAUUCUCGAGAUCGAGACAGUUUAUUUAAUUAUGUUAUUAAGGGGAGGAGACGUGACGUUUUCUUCGUGCCGAUCCUUUAUGCGUUUUUCUAGGUUCUAAGCACGUCGUUCUCGUACUUCACGGUGCUCACAGCCACCAAAAACGAGUAGCAGCACCGCGUCGCUUCUACACGGUUUUAUACGAUUCGGAUAGACGGCGUCUCUCGAUGACUCAACGGAGAAUAUAUGUACUUUAGUUAGAUCCACUAGCCUAAAAAUAUCGCCUAAAAACAAAAUGUCGUGUGCGAACCAGUUGUAGUUAAACCACCAGUUUGUUGCUUAAGAUCGAUAGAUUUUUUUUUUUUUUUUAGAAAAGCACACAGAAAAGCAGAUUUCGAAAAAAUCGAUUCGAACAGAAAUUUUUUACGAUAGAAAUUGUUAACGAUGAUCGAUAAUUUAAUAUUAUAUUCGAUA